AUGUCGCCUCCGGAGCAAGAAAUAGUCAUCUCCCUCCCAGAUCUUGACUUUCUUCCAGGCGCAAGCAAACGACAGAAGACCGCGAUCAGGGCCGCACAUGAGGCUCUAUGGCUUCGAUACGAGAAGAGUGGUAUGGUCGGCAAAGAGAAGAAGUGGAGGGACAUCAUCAACGCUAGCCGAGAGCUGAUAAUAGCCGCGCGCAUUCCUAUCCAACGCCAUGUCAACGAAAUCCGUGCGGAACUCGAUCCAUGCUGGCAGGCGUACCUUGAUAUUGGAGUCAAGUUUUUCUUGAACAUUCCUACCGCGAUCUAUGGCGCGGGCAUCGAGGAUAUGCUUCCUUCGUACGAAAGAACUCUGCUCAGAUUCAUCUACGAAAUCGAGCCGCAGUCAACGCUGAUGAACUUUGCAGCAGCUCAGAAAAGAAUCGAUGAACUCGACGUCGCCCUCACGAAUGGACUUUUUAGGCAGGUAACUGAAAUUCUUGACGAUUUGCGUGAUUGUGCCGAGGACAUGGGCGAAGAUUGGGAGAAGAUCGAGGCCUGCUAUGAGGCUAUGCUCGCAGCCGCGAACAGCCUACGUACAUCCGGGAGACUCAGCACGGGAGAUCGAUUUAUGGAGGAGGACCGUACUGCCCAGUUACUGGACUGGGCUGUCUUGGUUCAAGCUUUCGCCUGCAGGACGCCGAGGGAGUUUCAGCAGUAUGCCAACGAGCGUGAAAUAUACGACUGA